GUCAUGAUGAUCGGCGCGAAGCAACUAAACCAAUCACAGAUCCGAGUUCUCGCUUCUGGCCGGUACUCUGGUUUGCCUCGAUUGCUGACGGCGGGCGUCUUCUUUCGAGCCACUUUCUCGACUGGCAGGGUAUGGCCUUGCAGGCCCUUGCCGAUCCCAGACAUUUUUAUGGGAUACCGGAACAAGAAACAAAAUUCUUCUGCAAUAACGGUAUAAUCGAUUCCGGAUUUCCAAGGUCAUCCCGUCGAGUACCGGAAGCCAUGGAAGCGUUAUUGUGUGACUCAGAUGGGGUGGAACGUUUCAAUCAAUUCCUACGCUCGAAUUAUUCCUCAGGCCAUCUUCUAGAUUUCUGGUUCGCUUGCAAAGGCUUCCGCUCCAACGUGGAUCCUAAUGAUUCGGACAAACUUUUUCAAGUUGCCAAGGUGAUAUACCGGACUUACAUAAAGUCUGGUGCCACCUGCGCCGUACCAUUGCCAUCCCCACUUAAGCAUGACAUUAUUGGGCGUAUGUCUUCCUAUCACCGAGGAUAUAAAUCUUCCAAAGGUCCGAUACCGGCUUCAACUGCGAUCGAUCGAUCUCUGUUUGAUCUUGCGCAGAAGAGUGUUAUGUCACUUCUGGAGCAGACUUAUUAUCCGAAGUUCGUGGAAUUUGUCAAUGGGCCUCCGAGCCCUUCUCGCCCUUGCAAUGACGCCGUUCCGAACUCCAUUUCUGGGUCGAUGCUUCUAUCUAGCACCCAUCCACCACUCGAUUGUCAGACACUCUCGCACAGUUUUACUGAGAAGACACCCAGAUCAAAAAUGCGGUGGAAGCGGAAAGGUCAUAAGCUUGUCCCAGAGCAGUUGGUUGGAAAGGAGGAUCCCGAUCAUUCUGGCUCGUCUUUACCGCGAACCCGCCCGUCGUCAAGUGAUGAUCGUGACAAGCGAAUCGGUGUUAUGGAUAAGGAACAACCUCAGAAUACCAGGGUUCCGCCUCUGGUGGAAAUGGUCACAAGGGAUGAUAAGGCACAGCCUAGCAGACCAUUGCUUACCGACAAAGAUGAACACACAAGAAAGGUCAACGCAGAACAUGGGGCUGUGAAACAGGGGCAAAACUUGGCCGAAACCGAUCCGUCGGCGUUUGUCUUACUUUUGACUGCUCGGUUGGAAAAAGUGAAGGAGUCGCGUGGGAAAAUGGAGAAACUUCUCUCCUGGGUCAAUCAAGCGGAUGACAAAUAUUGUACAUCAACCGGUUUGGAUAUCCGUGAUCCUGAAUACCGGGCCAUCAACUCAGUGGUUACCGAAGAGGCCAAAACCAGUUCAACCGUCCCUCUUCUGCCAGCUCCUCCAUCGUCACACUUCCAGCGUACUUUGGACACUUCCUCAUUCCACACAAGAACACAGUCAAUUGCAAAAAGAUUACUUCCGGAUGAAGGGAAAUUCCUUGAUCCGCUUGCUGACGCUGUUGCUGAUGAAGAUGCACAAGGGAUUCUAGACGAUCAUUGUUCUCGUAUUUGGGCGGAUGAUUUUGAUCCUAUUCCCAGUGAUGACAUAAGCGACGGAAACCUUCCAUUUUCAAGAAUGUCCAGGAUGGUUCAGUCCUCUUAUGUUCCUGGUAAAUCCACAGACCCCAUAAGUCGGCGCAGUGUCCUCACUUCUUGUACAGGUGCUGGAGUUGGAGGUCGUCGACGCACUUCUCUUUCGGCUGUCGCGUCGCAAUGUGCCCGACUAGAGAGCGAAGGUUCAUAUGAUCCUUAUCGAUACCGAAGUUCUUACAAACGAAGCGAUGAUCGUUCGAAGCGUUCCGAUGCACGAUCUACCGCUUCAUGGGACAGCGGCGUGGUCGAUCACUGUCCCCUGCCAGAUUUGCCCCAUUGUAGACCUAGACAGUUGGAAUCUGAAACCAAAUCACUUGUAGCGGCUGCGAGUCUGCAAGCUUUGUCAUCCUCCACGACCGAGUUGGCCAUUGUCAAUAGUGAGGUGACAGCCCAACUCGUCGAACGAAUGACUCGGCAGUAUCAACUCCACCACCGUCAUUCCCCAGCCACGCGUCCGAACGGACCGCCAACGGAUACCUCGCGAACAAUACCACCGUGUUACCAAAAUUUCGGCCCAUUCUGUCAUCCGUCGUCGGCUUGUCAACCUUGCGGCCCAACCUCCGCUAGGUUUCCGCCAGUUCCAUCUGCUGGCACGGGAUUCUGCUCGUGUUCGUUCGAUGGUCUUUGUCAUUGCGACCGGCAUCGAGUAAGGCCACGUCUUCCUUCACCAGGUCGUGUACCCCAUUUAGAGCAGUUCCCUUCGCUACAUGGCCACUCGGCGUUCCCCACGGCUUCGGACACAUCGAGUACCUUCGACUCGGGCAUCUCCUCCACCUAUGAUAAGUUGCCUUUGGUACCGGGGCAAGCCAACACCGACAGACCCAGCAGAAGCAGUACUACUUUUGACUGUCCGAACCACAGAACCCAUCAUCUCACUGAUUCACAACACCGAGCGCCAUUCUGCAACCCAUCUACACAAGUUCCACCUCAUGUCGCGCCGGUUCCACUUCCGUCCGGCCGAACCGAUCUGUCAGCACCGUUCUACUCGCCUCAGUCCCAUUCCAAUAUGGAGAGGAAGAGUUUGGGAGACUGUGCUUGUCCCACGUGUGUCGCCUUUGGUCAGGCCAAAGGGGCCAACCUAAUACAUAACAAGGUCGCUCCUACCCCCUAUCUUCCCGCAACGACUCGUCCGGCGGGGCAGUUACUUCAAUGCUGGCUCCAGUUACAAACGUCCUCAUCGGCGAAACACGUGCAUCCGACGGGUGGUGAUGCGAGUUCGGAGGGCCGUACCCAAAAGCCGUGUGUGCGGCAUGAUCAUCAGCAUUCCCGCCACGCCAACAGACAUUCAUCUUCUGGUCCAAAGUCGGUGUCUGUGUGCGAUGAGCGUUUGGCUCCACAGCUGACGAUGGUUCAAUGGCCAGCCGAUAAAUCACAAACAGCCGAGCAACAGCACAAAGUAUCUGCCGACUGUUCGUCAGACUCGAAGGAUACCUCCUCGUCCGCUGUUCAGCCAAAUGGAAUCGGCCUAAUUGUCGGGUACUAUCUGUGCGACGAUCCUGUUCCAUACCGUACAGUGUGGAUGGGUCGAUGGCAUGGUAAUUUGCCUCCAGAUGCUGGCACACCACACAGUCUGGAUGACGAGGCGGCGUCAAAUAUCCUCACACUGGGCCAGUUCAAACAGUUAAUCGCCAAGAAGGGUGUCUAUCGAUAUUUCUUUAAAAAGCCAAGUGAUGAGUUUGGGACUGGUGCUGUUCAUGAAGAACUUACUGAUGAUAACGCGGUUUUGCCGCUUUGGGAUGGCAAAGUUGUGGCAAGAAUCGAACGGGCCGACUGAAUACUACUCGUUCUUUGCCCAAACUACUCAGUCUUUCUUGAUGCGGGUCCUAUUUUGUUUGUUCCCAACAAAGAAAACUCACUGCCCUCCCCAACCCAAUCUUAUUGCGACAUCUUUACAGCUCACGUGACAACGAAUUUAUUUCAUCCGCUCUUUUCUCUUGGAUCACGUGUUGUAUUUACCUUACGAGUGCAUCAAUUUUUCUGUUUAUCAAUUCUGGAUAUGAUGUUAUACUCAUGAUGUAUAUAUACGUUUACGCAUAUUGAGUGACCCACGUUUUUCCCCUGGAGUGGUUCACACUCAUUGAAUAAACUCAUG